AUGAAUAGCUGUUUCAUACUUUUAUUGCUAGUGCCAUUGGUAACCAGUUUCCACCAUAAAUUUAAACAACGAUCGACGAUAUUUUCACAGCUUCAAGAUUUACUAGAUGACGAUGAUCAAGGAUUCGAUUUGACAAGUCGCAAUAAUCGUCGACUUCUUGACAAUGGUGAAGAGCACUACAUGGAAUUACGUGCAACUACACCAUCAAAUGGUACAAAUACUGGUUUCGAGAUAACUCUCCAAAAUCGUGCUAUGAUGAAUACUCGUCUACGUGUUCUCUAUACCGAUGCCCAAGGUACUCCAGCAAUAGCAGAAACUGGCCGAUUAUGGGUUGGUCAAACAAAAUCCGUAAAACUUCCAGUUGAUGCUAAAAACAUCAAUAUCAUUGUUGAAAAAGAUUUAUUUUUUGAAAACUGGCACGUAGCAUAUAAAGGUACAUUAACAAAUGAAAAUGAAUGUAUACGAAUUGUUGGUGUAACACUAUUUUCAAAAAUUCAUCCAUGCAAAUAA